GUGGCAUUUCCUGUGCAAAACUUUUACCAGCCGGGGGGAAAUAUUUAGCAAUUUCAGUUUUUUCCUAGAGUGGUUUCCUAAAAUAACGAAGCUACAGAAACCGGAAGCGGCUGGGCAGGUCGCAAGUUGUCAGCCAUAGCUGUGUCGUGGCUCUGUAGCCGAACAAAACACGAAGACAGAAAAGGGGCACUGGGUUGAAGCUACCGUGUUUUCAGGAGACAUUUUUUGUCGUUUUAAACGCACAUAUCUAGGUAUUUUUUACUCUUAGAUAACAGGGUUGGUAGCUGUCGGAAAUGUCCUUCAUAUUUGAUUGGAUUUAUAGUAGUGUCAGUAGUGUACUGCAAUUUCUAGGGCUGUACAAGAAAUCUGGCAAAUUAGUAUUCCUGGGCCUGGACAAUGCUGGCAAGACGACAUUACUGCACAUGCUCAAAGAUGACAGAUUGGGACAGCACGUACCAACCUUGCACCCCACCUCAGAAGAGCUGACGAUCGCUGGCAUGACCUUCACCACUUUCGACCUGGGAGGUCACGCACAAGCACGACGAGUGUGGAAAAACUACCUCCCUGCAAUCAAUGGUAUUGUCUUCUUGGUGGACUGCCUAGAUCAUGUAAGACUGAUGGAGUCGAAAGAAGAGCUUAACGCCCUCAUGACAGACGAGACCAUCGGAAACGUGCCUAUCCUCGUCCUCGGGAACAAGAUCGACAACCCAGAAGCCAUCAGCGAGGAGAAGCUGCGCGAAAUCUUCGGACUGUACGGCCAGACAACGGGCAAGGGCACUGUGCCUCUGAAGGAUCUGAACACAAGGCCACUGGAGGUGUUCAUGUGCAGCGUGCUGAAGAGGCAGGGCUACGGAGAGGGCUUCCGCUGGCUCUCGCAAUACAUCGACUAGAGAGCCCCUCCACCCCCAGCCACCCCACCCCACCUACCCUACCCCAACAGCAGAGGGCGAUCCAGGGGUACGGGCCGGCCCACCACUGGCCCAACAACAAUAACACCACCACCACCACAGCCUGGAACAGCCCGCCCUCGAAACAAUAACAACCAACUAGAAAAUGAAACGACGCCACCAACAACAACCACCACCAGUACAACUCGAGCCCGAUAGACUGUUAUGGGUCGAACAUUUGGUCUUACACCCUUCUCUUCUCUCCUCUCACCCUUGUUUUUUCUAAGAAUAACCUAGCCUUGACUGUGCAGAUCCAUCUAAAAACACCACAAAACUGAAGAUGUGUUUGUUAUUUUUAUUCUUUUUCUUCAUAUUCCUCUCCUACGCAAGAAGGCCGUUGGUGUGUGACAUGCAACUCUUGUUGCGUAUGAUUCCGAUGGUUAUAUGGGGCCCAACAGUUUUGAAGCUUAAGUUUAACAAACAAAAAAAAAAGAGAAAAAAAAGUUUGUCAAGUUGUCCAUUUGUCUCUUCUGCGCAAUACACUUUUUUACCGGAAGGCUUACAGUCAAACAUUUGCCUUUAUUCCAUCAUGUUUUUUUUCCUUUCUUUUAAAAAAAACAUGAUUCAGUAAACUUGUAUAAUUAUGAAUAUAAAUAUUAUAUAUAAAUAUAUAUAUACAGCCACAUAGACAUAUCUGGUUUUAAAAGAUUUUCUGUCUGGCAGUCCACUAUUCUCCCUGCCCUUGUUGUCAUGCAAACUUGGAAAAAGUCCCGAAAGCAGAAAAAAAAGAUAUUUUUUACUAAUUGAUUUGGAAAUUGAAAGUGAAAUUGCUAUCCGACUCCUACAGCUCUUAAAACAAACAAACAAACAAAUAUUAACCCUCCCUCACAACUUUUUAUUCAAAUGUUUCACAUGCUCUCCUGUGUUACCAGAUCACAUCUUAUGGUAAAGAAAAAAAAAACAACAAAAAGACAUGGCAAUAAAUCUUUCACAAGAUAGGAAGUGCAAUUCUCUUUUUAAAAGAAAAGGACAUGGCGACAUUCCUAACCGACCUAAAGUGUCUCUUAUCUUUUGAGGGGUUUGUGUUUAAUUUUUUGAAAGGCAAAUGCAGAGAAAGGGAUGACUACAUGACUGUGAAUAGAGAGAGAGAAAGCAGCUAGAGGUGCAGAGGAAUGGAGGGAUGGAUACAGACCUCUGCAUUAGGAAGUAACAGCAGUGUGCUACAUGCUCAACUGAAUGGGGAGAGGACCAAACUAUAACCUCCCACGUGAAGGAGAGGAGGGAGAUGGCGAAAGAUACACUAAGCAGGGGGGGGGAUGUAUUCCUGAAUGAGUUGAACGGACCAGAUGAAAUGUAAAACGAAACAAACAAACAUGGAAGGGUAUUUUUAAUUUUAUUUUCUUUCUUUGUUUUUUUUUUUCAAAGUGGAAUCCUGAGUAGCUCUUGAUUUUGAUUGAUGUGCAUUACGAAACAAAAAGAAGAACUUAUUAUGCAUGCCUUGUUCCUUCAUUUUUAAUGACUACAUACCGAGCAUAGCGAUUGACGACAAAGAAAAUACACAUUAAAAAGGUGGGGGUAUUGUAUGCCAAAUUAACACGAGUUUAGAAGAAGUGAGAGAGAAAGAGAGAGUAGCCUCAAGUAGUCUUUUGUUUUCUACAUCUACAGGAAGCCCAGGAAGGGGCAACAUGGAAUGGCACAUACUCCUCUGUUCUGUUCUGUUCUGUCCCCCUGUCUCAUCGUCAUUCUGUCAUUCCAUGAGCUGAUCCAUGUAAGGGAGAAACUGUUGUUUGCAUCAUAAAAUUGUAAUAAAUGUUUGCAAUGAAAACAGA